AUGGCCACGGCAGCUUCCAAUCUCUACAUGCCGAGCAGUGGGAUCCUCACUUCCAACUCCAUCGUCCACACCGAGUCGUCGAGCAUGCAGCAGGCGGGCAGCUUUCGGAGCCACCAGAAACUCAUCCAAAGUGACUACCUGCAGGGGCUCCCCAGCAACGGGCACCCCCUGUCCCACCAGUGGGUGACGGCUUUACCUGAAGGCAGCCCGUGGUCCACGGCGCUGGCGGCGAGCCCCCUGAGCCAGCAGGAUGUGAAGCCCGGCAGGGAGGACCUGCACGGCGGGGCCAGCCUGCACCACCGCGCGAGCCACAUUGCUCACCACUCGCCGCACGCCAACCACCCGGGCGCCUGGGGCGGCGGCGCAGGCGGCGGCGGAGGAGGCGGCGGAGGCGGCGGCGGCGGCGCUCACAACCCCCCUGGGCAGCCGCUCAACAUCUACUCGCAGGCCGCCUUCACGGUCAACGGCAUGCUGGAGCACGUCGGCCCGCCUCCGCCACCGAGCGCCGUGGGCCAGGGCAUGCACCCGGCCGGCCUCAGGGACAGCGGCGAGCACGGGGAGCUGGCGCCCCAUCACUGCCACGACCACUCGGACGAGGAGACCCCGACCUCGGACGAGCUUGAGCAGUUCGCCAAGCAGUUCAAGCAGCGGCGGAUCAAGCUGGGCUUCACCCAGGCCGACGUAGGGCUGGCGCUGGGCACCUUGUACGGGAAUGUCUUCUCACAGACCACCAUCUGCAGAUUCGAGGCGCUGCAGCUGAGCUUCAAGAACAUGUGCAAGCUGAAACCCUUGCUCAAUAAGUGGCUGGAAGAGGCGGACUCCACCACGGGCAGCCCGACCAGCAUCGACAAGAUAGCGGCUCAGGGGAGGAAGCGAAAGAAGCGCACGUCUAUAGAGGUGAGUGUCAAAGGGGCCCUAGAGACCCAUUUCCUGAAAUGUCCCAAACCCGCAGCCCAAGAGAUCUCCAGUCUAGCCGACAGUUUGCAGUUAGAGAAGGAAGUUGUGCGGGUCUGGUUUUGUAACAGACGGCAAAAAGAGAAACGAAUGACUCCUCCCGGCUUGCAUCAACAGGACGAAGUGUUCUCCCAUAGCGUUGACCCAGAGACACCGACACACCACGAUCUUUAA